AUGAGUUCCGACCCGAUCGAUAUUUUGAUUGGAGCGGACUUAUAUGGCUCCAUAAUUCUUGACGGAGUACGUAAAGGUCUCGUAAAUCAACCUAUUGCGCAAAAUACCAGUCUUGGCUGGAUUUUGUCCGGUCCUGUUGCUCCCUCCAACGAUACCUUAUCCGCUCCUUCCCAUCAUACUCUUGCAUGGGAUACAUUAAACAAGGAUCUUCGUCGUUUCUGGGAAAUAGAAGAGCUUCAUGAUAAAGCUCAUUUAACGCCAGAAGAAAUCCAGUGCGAGGAGCAUUUUUCGGCAACGCACUCCCGCACUCCUAGCGGCCGUUACAUGGUUCGCCUUCCAUUUAAGGACAAUCCCUCCAUCCAUUUGGGCGAAUCGCGCAUUUCCGCGCUCACUCGAUUUCAUCAAUUAGAAAAACGAUUUUCUCGCGAACCCGCGCAACACGUCGCAUAUCGUGACUUCAUGGAAGAGUAUAGGCUUCUUCACCACAUGGAACCCGUUAGUUCGAAAUCGGUCACUUCUAAUUCUUGUUAUUACAUCCCUCAUCAUGCUGUCUACAAAACAGACAGCGAGACCACGCCGAUCCGAGUUGUUUUUAAUGCCUCCAGUCGAACUUCAUCCGGAAAAUCCCUAAAUGAUUGCUUGUUAAUUGGACCGAAAUUACAAACCGAUCUUUCAUUUAUUUUAAUUCGAUGGCGGCACCUUCGAUAUGUUUAUAUAACUGACAGCGCUAAAAUGUAUCGUCAAAUUUUAUUGGAUCCUCGCGAUAGGGACUAUCAAAUCAUAUUUUGGCGUAACACCAACGCUGAUCCCUUAAGUGAAUUUCGUUUGUGCACUGUAACCUAUGGCACGGCUCCCGCUGCAUUCUUAGCUCAACGCGUUCUAAUGCAACUUGGCGAGGACGAAGGUGCUGCUUACCCUCUUGCUUUGCCCGUUUUGAGGCAUCAAAUGUAUGUCGAUGAUUUUAUUUUCGGAGCAGAUGAUCUGCAGUCAGCCAUUAACACUCGCAAUCAACUAAUUUCACUACUUCAUAAAGGUGGGUUUCGAUUACGAAAGUGGGCGAGCAAUUGCCCAUCCUUACUGCAAGGAAUCGACCCUUCCGAUCAUGGACUUGCAUACGAAAAACCUCUCAAAGGUGACGAAUAUGUGAAGGUCUUAGGAAUUUUUUGGAAUCCCGAUUCCGACGCACUGAAAUACCGCGUUCGAGUGCAAAAUGAGCCACGCUGCUCAAAACGAACUAUUUUAUCGCUAAUUUCUCGGUUAUUCGAUCCGCUUGGUCUGGUGGCUCCUGUAAUCAUCACCGCCAAAAUAUUGAUGCAAAAAUUAUGGGCAAUCAAAUGCGGAUGGGAUGAACAACUACCCCCUCCUUUGAUUCGCGAAUGGGAGCAGUUCUGUUCCUCCUUGGCAGAUUUAAAUAAUGUCUCGAUCAGUAGAUGGACGCAUCAUUCCAGCAACAUCCUUCAUUAUUCGCUGCAUGGCUUCUCCGACGCAUCCAGUCACGCCUAUGCUGCGGUCGUUUAUUGCCGAAUAAUUGCCACUGAUGGUUCAGUGUUAGUCACAGUACUCAUGGCCAAAUCCAAGGUCGCUCCUUUGAAGACUCUCAGCAUCCCGCGCCUAGAACUAUUGGCCGCGCUUUUGUUAUCCAAGCUGAUAUCUGCCAUUCGUGCUGCGCUCCCGUACGAAAAUAUUGAAUGUCAUUGUUGGACCGACUCUACCAUUACGUUGGCCUGGCUGCAGCAAUCUCCUUCCCGGUGGCAAACUUUCGUGGCUAACCGCGUGUCUGAAAUCCAAACCAAGCUUCCCGAUGGUAGUUGGCAUUACGUGCCUUCGAAAGAAAAUCCAGCUGAUUACGCUUCCCGCGGUCUUUACGCAUCGCGUGUCUGA